AUGAAUGAUUUUCACAUUCCUAUUGCUGCUGCCACUGGCCGUAAUAUCAAUGCUGGAUUUGGUGAAGACACUGUCAAAGAGUGGACCAUUCGUAAUUGGUACAUGAAGUACGCAUCCCGAGAUACCAGUCUUGAAGGGGAUGACCAUGGACGAUCCGAAAUCGUAAUGGACGAUGAAGUGUUAAAGGAAACAGUGGAAGCCAAUCCGUUUUAA